AGGAGGGGGGCGAUCAUGUGAUCGAUCAAGAUGGCGUCGGCCAGCUCCUUGUGGCUCUUGGCUCUUGCUUUCCUGCCGGGGUCCUGCUUAGCCUUGGCGUUGGGGCAUGUCGACCCUCCAGCGCCGCUGCCGCUCGUGAUCUGGCAUGGGAUGGGAGACAGCUGUUGUAAUCCCUUAAGCAUGGGUGCUAUUAAGAAAAUGGUCGAGAAGAAAAUACCUGGAAUUUACGUCUUAUCUUUAGAGAUUGGGAAGACCCUGGUAGAGGAUGUGGAGAACAGCUUCUUUUUGAAUGUCAACUCCCAGGUAACAACAGUGUGUCAGAUUCUUGCUAAAGAUCCUAAGUUACAGCAAGGCUACAAUGCUAUGGGAUUCUCCCAGGGUGGCCAAUUUCUGAGGGCAGUGGCUCAGAGAUGCCCCAUACCUCCCAUGAUCAAUCUCAUCUCAAUUGGGGGACAACAUCAAGGUGUUUUUGGAUUCCCUCGGUGCCCAGGAGAGAGCUCUCACAUCUGUGACUUUAUCAGAAAAACUCUGAAUGCUGGGGCUUACAACAAAGCUAUACAAGAACGCCUGGUGCAAGCGGAAUACUGGCAUGAUCCCAUAAAGGAGGAUGUUUACCGCAACCACAGCAUCUUCCUGGCAGAUAUUAAUCAGGAGAGAAGUAUCAACGAGUCCUACAAGAAGAACCUGAUGGCCCUGAAGAAGUUUGUGAUGGUGAAAUUUCUCAAUGAUUCCAUUGUGGACCCCGUAGAUUCUGAGUGGUUUGGAUUUUACAGAAGUGGCCAAGCCAAGGAAACCAUUCCCUUACAGGAGAGUACCCUGUACACACAGGACCGUCUUGGGCUAAGGGAAAUGGACAAGGCAGGACGGCUGGUGUUCCUUGGUCUAGAAGGGGACCAUCUUCAACUGCCUGAGGAAUGGUUUUAUGCCCACAUCAUACCCUUCCUUGAGUGAAGCCCUUGUAAUUGGCACUAGAGCUCAGGAAACCCCUCACACUUCCAAGCCAGUUUCCUCCGUGCCCAAACCCGAGCUCAGAUCCAGCCAGCAACUAAUCCUUCUCCCUUGUCUUCAUCUAACAUGCCCUGCUCGGAAAGAACUAAGAUACCAAUCUUAUCCUUUGUCUCAUCCUAUCUGCAUACGGUGUUGAAUGCAAGUUUAAUUAGCUAAUAACCACAGAGAUUGUUUUACAGCCCUUUGAUGUGGUCAAACUUGGGGCUCAGGAGUUUACUGCAGGUCGGUGGCAGAACUGCGUCCAGCCCUGGAAGAGACUGAACAAAGGAAACCAGUGAGAUAGAUUGUAAGUCAGAUGCCUUUCUCAGGAAAAUUUAGCCACAUCUCAAGCCAGGAGGCCAAUACCCAGGCCUGAUGUAUUCUCAGUUGUGCUGGUGAUUUGACUAGGGCUUGGGAAAGUAUUGCUUGGAGAAUGUGUCCACCUGAUUCCUUGAGGCUGCCCGCCCCAUUGAGUAUGUUGCCUUCUGUGGCAUCGUAGCUAUUAUUAGACCAGCUCACCGUCUUGCCUCGGUAGCAGUCUCCUCGGGUGGUGGUGAAUUAGUUGCUCUGUUGCAAAAGAAGGCAGGAGGGAAGUAGCACCCAAAUGGUAUUGCUGAAUUCAGAUGGGGGAAGGAGGGUUAAAGAAAAAUGUAGUGGAUUCUUUCCAUUCCAUCCUUGAUGACCUGUCCUUUCUUAAUGGGGCAAGUGGUCUGGAUCCUAGCUAUUUAUUGCUGGCAUUAGAAAGAAUGGUAGGAAAAAUACUGUAUCAGGCUUUCUAACUUUUGUCUCAAAAAUUCUUACCAGCACAUUCCAAACUACGUCUGAUGUAUUCUGUGAAAAAGACUGGUUGCUCAAAAAGCUUAGGAGAUCCCUUUUCUCCUCUUGGAGAUAAACCCACAUUAGAAUAUUAAGGUCUCUGAGAAUUCCUGUUACACUGAAGAAAACUAACCUUAAGCUACUGUUUCCCACACUAUUUGAGCAUGGAUGUCUUAGCCCGCACUCCCUCACCUUGUGAGAACCUAGCAACACUUUGCAUGACUGUUCUGCAGGAUGCCAGUUUGAGGAAAUGAUUAGCUGUGUUUGAGGGAAGCACCUUAUUAGUGAUGCUAAGUUUAUCCUGUUUUUUCCUUCAUCUUUCUCAAAACUUAUUUUUCAAAUAAAAGAGGAUGAAAGGCACGAAGUGGGGGUGUGUGAAAAUAAUUUUAUGAAGUUGUUUAAAAUAAAAAGUAGUUUCUUA